GUCCCACCUGCCCGCUUGUAGUUUCCCCUGUGGCUCGUGCAGGACCAGCAUGCCCGGCGGCAGCGGGCUGGGUGCGCGGAGCGGCUCGCGGGUGGAUUUAUAGAGUUUGGUGGAGGAUGGCGGCGCUGCUGCUGCUGCUUCUGGCUCUUUGCUGCAGGGGGCUCCAGCCUGCGGACGUCCACCUCUACUCCAACAGAUACCAGGGUGAUCAGGUCUUGAGAAUAAUCCCCAGCAGCCAUGUGGAGAUCCAGUUACUCAAGCAGCUUUUCCAGAACAUGACGGUGGACCUUUGGCAGCCCAGCAGCACUUCCUAUAUCAACAUUGGCAGCUCAGUGGAUGUCCACGUGGGUCACAGCAGGACAGAGAGUCUCAAAGCCCAUCUCCAGCAGGCCCACAUCCACCAUGAGGUGCUCAUUUCCAAUGUCCAGAAGGAAAUGGAGAAACAGGCAGGGCAUCGGCCCUCCAGAAAGCGCCGGUCGGAAUUCCAGUACGAUUAUGAAGUGUAUCAUCCACUGGUGGAGAUCCAGGAGUGGAUGUUUGAAAUGAAUCGGACACACCCACACCUGGUGGACUUGUUUUCUAUUGGAUAUUCCUAUGAGGGACGGCCCCUGUAUGUUCUAAAGUUAGGAAACAGAAAGCGGCUCCAUAAGAAGGCCAUGUGGAUAGACUGUGGAGUUCAUGCCCGGGAAUGGAUCGGCCCCGCCUUCUGCCAGUGGUUUGUAAAAGAAGCCGUGAACUCCUAUCAACACGACUCCAGCAUGAGUCGACUGAUGAAUCAGCUGAACUUCUACAUUAUGCCUGUCUUUAACGUAGACGGAUAUCACUACAGCUGGAAAACUGACCGUUUCUGGCGGAAAACACGGUCAAAGAAUGCCAAGUAUCACUGCCGUGGUGUAGAUGCCAACCGUAACUGGAAAGUGAAGUGGUGUGAUGCGGGAGCUUCUUUACACCCGUGUGACGACACGUACUGCGGCCCGUUCCCCGAGUCUGAGCCUGAAGUGAAGGCCGUAGCCAGGUUCCUACGCAAGCACAGAAAGCAUGUCAAGGCCUACAUAUCUAUUCAUGCCUACGCUCAAAUGCUCCUGUAUCCCUACUCCUACAAAUACUCCACCAUCCCCAACUUUGACUGUGUGGAAACAGCAGCUCAGAAUGCUGUGAGUGCCCUUUAUUCUGCUUAUGGAGUGAAGUAUAGAUACGGACCUGCCUCCACCACGCUGUAUGUCAGUUCUGGGAGCUCUAUAGACUGGGCCUACAAGAAUGGCAUCCCCUACGCUUUCGCCUUCGAGCUGCGAGACACCGGCUAUUACGGCUUCCUCCUGCCUGAAGCUCUGAUUAGCCCCACCUGCACCGAGACCAUGAGGGCAGUCAGGGCCAUUGCCUCAGGCUUGCUGAAGAAAUGCACCAGCUGAUCCCGAGGACACUACUUUCUUUCUCCUGCUCUCUUUCUCUCUCUCUCUCUCCACUACUCCAGCCAUCCCUUUGUCCAGCUUUAAAAGCUAACGUGUCCCCACUGGCUAUUCUUACCAAGUGUCAAUGCUGAUAUCUCAAAAUUGCAUGUCAUGCGGGCAUCCAGGAAAGCUGACACUGUGAACUGUGAGUGCAUUCUAGCUUUGGGGCUGAAAACUUCCUCACGCUAGUGGUGGAAGAUAAGGCACAAUUGUGAUACUGAAAUGUUGAGCUAAUGUCUAAAAUGGGUUUAUAUUCUAAUAACAGUUUAAAAUAUAGGUCAAUUACAUUGGCUCACACUCACACAUUGACAAAAAAUAAUACACUAAAUCCCUAUUCGGAAGGGAUUCGUUUCUCAGGGGGACGUCUGUGAAAAAUAUAUUUUACACUUCUACUCAGUGAUAAAACUCUUGCAUCUGGACUGAAAUUGAAAAAACAGGAGGACCAGUGAGUUUUUAGGCUGUCUCAAUCACAUGACAUCGAGUUCAGUAGCUCCUCCAUUUCCACUCGCUGUUGUAUUGACAUAGAUCUCCGUGGAAACGUGCGCCCAAAGUGUAAUUAAGGUGCGUAGCAGUGGCAAAUAGCUAUUUUAUUAAACGCGAGGAGACGAAACUCAGAGAUUUGAGUCCGGACGAGACUAAAAUUACCAGAGGACCACGAAGUUCAGUGAAAAACAGUAGGUAAUUCAGCCUGUAAUUUUCUCAGAGGACGUCUGACAAAAACACAUACAAAGGUAUUCCGCACGAUAAUAAAAUAACAGAAAAAAAAAAUAAUAAUAAAAUUACCCCAGGACCCCCUGAGGAACCAAUCCCAUCUGAAUAGGGCUUAAGGAGGAGUUUUUGAAAUAAUAUGAAUUUAUUUAAUAUAGACUCAUGAUAAAAAAAACACUGUUGUACCCAAAACGAAGUCGCAGAUUGCAAUGCUGUUUGAAAAAAAAAAAGGGCUCAAGACAAGAUAUCUUCUUCGUUACAGCCAUUUUGACAGCCUUUAGUUUUGUUAAGAAGAUAGUAAUGCAGCUAGUUGUCCUAAUGCUCUGAACGCACAUUCUGGUGCACAUUCCAACAGGACAAUGAUCAUUACAUAGUGCUGCUAUCUUAAGAGCUUGCCUUAAACACACUAAUACUAUCCCAUGGCCAGCUGCAUUGCCAGGAUUACAACACACAAACCUACUCUUAUUGGUUUCCAAGGACCAUAUGGUUCUAGUCAAGGACACCACUGCUAAUGAAGGUGACUGACGGAGGACGUAGAUUGUGGGCAGUUCGUCAAAAUGACCAUUCUGCUUUUCUCAGUCCAGUGAUUUGCCAAAUCUCAAGGUCUGUCAGCUGGGCAAAAUGUCUUAUAGUGUGCUAUAGAGUCAAGUCUUGCAGACAACAGUCUCUCACCGAGAGGUACACUACCAAAAAGUAGCCUCUAAGAGCUUUCUUAUAGGGCAGCAGAGGAAGUACUUUUACAACAAGUUUUACAGCAGUCUAGGCUACAUUAUGUUUUUUUAUCAGUAACACUGUAACUGAUUUGAUUCCCAUAUUACUGUUUAUCCUUUAUCACAGUAUUUCAUUUUCAUAUCACCUACCUCUACUUCAGUUACCUUCAUACCCGUCAAACUCUUUGUAGUGUCUUUGUUGUGCCUCAUUCUUUAUCAUAGAGAAAAGACUUGUUGCCUUAUGGAGAUGCACUUCUACAAGAAAACAGAACCCACAAGACCUUUCACCCUGAUCUGCUCUGCUACUUUAAAGCACUUGCUAAAACACCUCAAUGUAACUAUGGUCCAAAAGAAGAGCAAAGACCAAAGAAUGUAAAUAAUGAUGAGUACUUUUAUUUUGUAAUGGAAAUGUAUUUUUGGUACUGUUUUGAAACUAGAGCUUCGAAAACAAAACUGAAGGUGCUUUACAUCUAAGAUUACGGUGAAAUUAACCACUGAAGUAUAUUCAAACUAUAGUGGACACAAUAUUGGAAACAUUAUGGGUGCGUUAUUGUGCCUUGUGGACUUUUUUUGUAUGAUUAUAAGCUACAAAAACUUUGUAAUAAUGACAUUUGUAGUGCCUUCCAAUGGCACUGGUAUUUUGAUAUUUUUAAUGUGCUACCAUAUUUAUAGAGCAAUAAUGGUAUGUAUUGAUUUAUAAGCGUAUUCAUAUAAAAUUAUGUUUAAAAUGUUACUGUAUAACUGUAUACACACACACACACAUACACACAGUCGAGUAGUAUUUGCACAAUGAACACAAAUAUUGUAUUACAUCAAUGCAACAAUCUAAACAUGAUUUAAGUAUAGAUUUUCAGCUUUAUAGGUCUGGAAUUACAGACAUUAGUGAAAUUAAUGCUUUUAUAAUAUGUUUUGGAUAAUUGACUGAAUAUAAUCAGAAGGUAUGAUUCUAUACAAUUCAGAAUUUAUGCUGCUACUUUGAUCAAUAAAUACUGAUGAUGCAGUUCUUUCACAGCAAUACAUGCACCUAUGUUCCAUUUACAAUCAUAAACUGCCUCCACCAUGUUUGACAGAUGGUGUGGAAUGCUUCAGAUCAUUAUCUUUUCAAGCUAAUCUUGUUUUUAACUGUGCAAACAUAUACAAUAGUUACAGAAUUUGGUAGGCUUUUUAAGAUGUUAGAUCAGUCAAAUCAGACCAAAAUUCAAGGCCAGUUACCCAACCUACUUAUUAGGACUCCCCCUAUCACUAGUAAUGCCCCAACACACCAGGAGGGUAAAGACUAGCUCAUGUCUCCUUCGAUACAUGUGUAGUCAGCCACUGCCUCUUUUUGAACUGUUGCUGAUGCAGCAUUGCUGAGUAGAAUCACAGCACACUCAAAGAAAAGCGUGACUCGGUUAUGAAAAAUCAGCUCACAGAUUCCUGAUCGACAUCACCCUUUGGAGUUAUGUGGGGAGAGAGUGCCAUCAACCUACCCAAAGUGAGCAAGGCCACUUGUGCUCUCUCAGGACUCCGGUAGCUGAUGGCAAGCUACAUGAACAGGAUUCAAACUGGAUAUCUCCUGAUUAUAGUGUCAGCGUCUUAGUCGGCUGACUGGAUGUUAUUAAGAGAUUUUAAUUGACUUUUGUGAAGGAUUUUUUUUCACCAAUGACAAUUUUCUAUUCUGCCUUAUUUGCAUUUACAUAUCUUUGGACUUUAUGAAAGUUUCUAUAAACAGUUAGCAAAUGCAAAUGCUUUUUUGUAUAUCUUUAAUUUGCAAUUAAAUGGUUUCAAUUACAAAAAAGAGGAAUUGUAAAAAAAAAAAUGCUGUAAUUUUAAACAAAUAUUGUUAUUACUAUACUAUAUUACCUCUUCUAUUAAAGCUGAAAGUCUACACAUCUUGAUUGUCUUCCUGUUAAUUGAAAUCCAAAGGCCAUGUUCCCACAGCAGGUAAAGUGAGCAAAAUCUAAGUUGCUCAUUAAUCUAGUUUUUUUUAAGGUUUCUAUCUUUUUUAGGGGCAAAGAUUG